GUGCGGGCCUCGGGAAUCCCUAGCAUUCCCGGGAAUCUGCGUCGGAGCACCAAGCAUUCGCAAGACUCAAAUGACAGUGCAAAAGGGGGUGCGGCGGCCUGCAGAACCUCCCCUGGCUGCCCCUGUGCCGCUCUCGGGGUAUACCCAGUUCCCGGCUUCCGGGGUGUACUGCGGUGGUGUUGAACCUGUAGUCCCAGCAGCUGGGCAUUCGGGUUUAAUUGCAGUGUUUGCGCUUUGCAAUAACUGCAUCCAGUGCCUAGACCCAAGCCCCUCACUGCUCCAUGGACACCCCCAGCCCAGGCCCGUUGCCUUCACCUUUGCAAGGGGAGGAAGAGAAACCUUUGGCCUUACUUCCUCCUGUUCCCCGGGGCCGCCACGGCCGACCUCCCGGGGGAGCUCCCUCCUGCCACCAGAAGCUCAAGUCUUCUCUCCCCCGGAAGCGAGGCCGUCCCACCAAGUCCGGGCCGGAGCUCCCACUAGCACAGGGGCUGCCGGCAGCAGCGGUGGACAGUGGCAGCAGUGGUGGCGACCACAGCGACCUCCUGCUGAUUGAUGACCAGGGUGUGCCCUACACGGUGUCGGAGGGCUUGGCGGCCGCUGGGGCCCAGGUCUCCAGCCCCCGGAGGGCCCCGCAUUUCUGCCCGGUGUGCCUGAGGGCCUUUCCCUACCUCUCCGACCUGGAGCGCCACAGCAUCUCGCACUCAGAGCUAAAGCCACACGAGUGCAAGGAUUGUGGCAAGACCUUCAAGCGAUCUAGCCACCUGCGGCGACACUGCAACAUACACGCAGGGCUGCGGCCCUUCCUGUGCGCGCUGUGCCCGCGCCGCUUCCGGGAGGCCGGCGAGCUGGCCCACCACCACCGUGUGCACUCGGGUGAGCGCCCCUACCAGUGCCCUGUCUGCCGCCUGCGCUUCACCGAGGCCAACACGCUUCGGCGCCACUCCAAGCGCAAGCAUCCCGAGGUCCUGGGGCUGCCCGUGUGUCGCCCAGAUCCCAGGCCGGAGCCUGCGUGGGACGAUGAGGGCAUCCCUGCCACUGAGGGAGAGCAUGAGGGGGGUUCCCAGGGGAACGCAGCCGCAGCCGCCCACCCCUGAUUCAGGCCUGCAGCAUGAAGCUCAGCUGGGGAUGGGGGUAGACCUGGGCCCAGAGGCCAGGGCACCCUGCUUCCUGGUGGCUUGCCCGCUGUGGGAGGGGGUGGAGGGCAGGGACCUAGGUGUGCUGCUGAGUCCUCGCAUCAUCCUGGGGACACCCAGGCCCAUGGAGACACCGGGCAUAGAAAUAAAGCCUGCCUGCUGGC